ACACACAGAGCAGUGAGACACACACACACACACACAGCAGUAAGAGGACAGUGAGAGGAGAGAAGCAGAGCUCCUUGCUGCCAUGUACAAACUGGGAACUUAUAAACUCAAUGAAAAACCACCACACCAGGGACGUUAGAAUCGGAUCAGGUGGUUUGGUGAAGAGCGCUCUGCAACCAUGCAGAUCCAGGUGACUUCACUGCUGGCUCUGCUGCUGCUGCUCUUGUGCAGAGGUGCCCGAAACCAAGGGUUGGAUGCAAAGCCCACUCCACACUUCACCCAUCUUACUUACAAUGCCACCAUAUUUGAAAACUCUGCUGCUAAAACCUACUUGGAGGGCCCUGUCAAAAUGGGCAUCUUCAACACAGACCCUUCAUGGGAAAUACGAUACAAAAUUGUGUCAGGUGACAACGAGAACCUUUUCAAAGCUGAGGAGUAUCAAUUGGGGGACUUUACCUAUUUGCGAAUAAGGACCAAAGGAGGGAGCAGUGCCAUUCUUAACCGGGAGGUCCGAGACUACUAUUUGCUCACGGUCAAAGCUGUGGAAAGAAACACGAAUGCAGAGGCACGAGCCCGAGUCAUUGUUCAGGUACUGGAUACCAAUGACCUCCGGCCUCUGUUCUCUCCCACCUCUUACACUGUGUCUUUGCCGGAGAACACAUCGAUCCGCACUAGCAUUGCCAAGGUCACGGCAACAGAUGCAGACAUCGGUACGAACGGAGAGUACUACUACAGCUUCAGAGAGUGGACAGACAUGUUUGCAGUCCAUCCCACGAGUGGGGUGGUCACUCUAACUGGAAAACUAGAUUAUGCUGAGACAAAGCAGUAUGAUUUGGAGAUAUUAGCGGUAGAUCGUGGUAUGAAGCUGUAUGGCAGCAGCGGAUUUAGUAGCAUGGCUAAACUGACGGUACGUGUGGAGCAGGCUAACGAGAACGCUCCAGUCAUCAGCGCUAUUGUCUUCGCACCUUCCGACAUGGACAAAGACCCGACUUACGCCAUAGUGACCGUUGAGGAUGAUGACCAAGGAGCCAAUGGCGAAAUAGCGUCUCUUAGCAUCGUUGCAGGAGACCCUUUACAGCAGUUUCGAACUGUGAGAACCAGUCCAGGCAGUAAGGAAUACAAAAUUAAAGCAGUGAAGGAGGUCGAUUGGGAUAGUCAGCCGUAUGGUUACAACCUUACUUUGCAAGCUAAGGAUAAAGGAAGCCUACCCCAGUUUUCCUCAGCUAAAGUCAUCCAUAUCACAUCCCCACAAUUUAAAAUCGGGCCCCCAAAAUUUGAACAAUCUGUUUACAGGGCCAAUGUAAGUGAAUUUGCUCCGCUACACACUCCUGUUCUAAUGGUAACAGCUGUGCCAAAAUAUCCCCAACUGAAGUAUGCUUUCAAACACAAAUUGGACAAAAUUCCCUUCGCAAUCAAUUCAGACACUGGCUUAAUUACAACAGCUGGACCCAUUCAUGCUGAUUCUUUGCCACACUAUGAAUUAGAGGUAAUUAUUAGUGACAGAAAAGCAGCCACCAAAGUUAUUAUCGAUGUGAUUGACGUGAACAAUAACGCCCCGGAGUUUCAGCAGUCCUCUUACAAGGCCAGUGUUGAUGAAAACAUGCCUAUAGGCACCAGUGUUCUUACAGUGAAAGCCACAGAUUUAGACAGCGGAGAGAACGGCUAUGUCACGUACAGUAUUGCUAAUAUAAAUCACCAGCCUUUUGUUAUUGACUACUUCACUGGCGUUAUCAGUACUUCAGAACAACUUGAUUACGAGUUGAUGCCAAGGAUUUAUAAUUUGCGAGUGCGUGCAUCAGAUUGGGGUGAACCUUUUCGACGUGAGGUGGAGACUCAAGUCACAAUCAGUCUGAACAAUCUGAAUGACAACAAGCCUCUGUUUGAAAAUGUGGAUUGCCAGGUAACCGUGCCCAGAGAUCAUGGCAUUGGAGAACAGAUCACAACGGUAUCUGCCAUUGAUGCUGAUGAGCUUCAGCUGGUCAGGUACAUGAUCAAAGCUGGUAACGUCCUGGACUUUUUCGAGCUAAACCCCAGCUCAGGGGUGUUGUCUUUAAAGCAGUCCCUGAGUGAUGGUGAGGCAGCAAAGACAUCAUUGUACAGCUUGCAGAUCGUAGCCAGUGAUGGAGAACAUGAAACUCCAGCCAUAUUCUUAAAUAUAACUGUCGUUACUCCACGUAAACCUGUUCAAGUCAAAUGUCUCGACACAGGUGUAGCCACCAUGUUGGCGGAAAAGUUGCUGCAGGGCAGUAAAAUCCACAGCCAAGUGGAACCAGAUGAUAACUUUUUAGACCUUCAUGCCAUCAAUCGCUUUACACCUCAAUUUGCAGAAUCAUUCCCAAGCAUCGUCGAGGUCAAGGAGGAUCUGCCUAUUGGGGCUCGGAUUGUCCAUUUGAGCGCUUCAGACUCUGACAGCGGUUUCAAUGGGAAGUUGGUUUACGUCAUUUCUGGAGGAGACACAGAAAGUCGGUUUGUAGCUGACAUGAAUGACGGUUGGCUUAAGGUGUAUGCGCCACUUGACAGAGAGACGUCUGAUCACUACACGCUAAACGUUACCGUGUAUGACCUCGGGAUACCUCAGAAGUCGUCAUCGCGCCUGCUUGACAUCAAGGUUACAGAUGCUAAUGAUAAUAGCCCACAGUUUCUACAGGACUCAUAUUCAGUGGAAAUAAGCGAGAAUGCAGCUGUGGGUACUGAAGUCAUUCAGGUUGAAGCCAAAGAUAGAGACUUGGGAGAUAACGGUCUUGUCAGGUAUUCUAUAUUGGCGGACACGAAUCAGUUUUCUAUUGAUGAGGAGACUGGAGUCGUUAGGGUAAAAAAGGUAUUAGAUCGUGAGAUUCAGCCUGAGCUGGUGCUCAGGAUAGCAGCUCGUGACCAGGCUACUGUUGAACCUCAACUGGUAUCAACUGUGUCACUCAAAAUUACUCUUGAAGAUGUGAAUGACAAUCCUCCAAAAUUUAUACCCCCCAAUUACCGUGUAAAAGUCCGCGAGGAUCUGCCUAUUGGUACUGUUAUUAUGUGGUUGGAAGCCCAUGAUCCUGAUGUAGGAACUUCGAGCCAGGUACGCUACAGCUUCGUCGACAGCGGUGACGGUAAAUUCGAAGUGGACAAACUCAGUGGCGCUGUUCGAAUCAUGCAGAAUUUGGAUUAUGAGAAAAAACAAGUUUACAAUCUUAUAGCUAAGGCAAAAGACAAAGGCAAGCCGAUUUCUUUAUCCUCAACCUGUCACAUAGAGGUGGAGGUGGUGGAUGUGAACGAGAAUUUACAUCGACCGUUGUUUCAAUCAUUUGUGGAUAAGGGAUAUAUUAAAGAGGAUGUGCCCGUUGGAACACCAGUCAUGAAAGUAGCAGCUCAGGAUGAGGACAAAGGAAGAGACGGUGAGAUCCGCUACUCUAUUCGGGAUGGAUCUGGACUCGGAAUCUUUGCCAUCGAUGAAGAAACUGGAGUUAUCCGCACGCUGGAGCUGCUGGACCGUGAGUCGGUGCCACACUACUGGUUGACGGUAUACGCCAGUGAUGGUGGCGUUGUCCCGCUGUCCUCCUUCGUCGAGAUCUACAUCGAGGUGCAGGACGUGAACGACAAUGCGCCGCAAACCUCCGAGCCUGUGUACUACCCCUCCGUCAUGGAGAACUCGCCCAAAGACGUCUCGGUCAUCCAGAUUGACGCCUUCGACCCCGACACUCGCUCCAGUGACAAACUGAGCUACAAGAUCAGCAGUGGGAACCCACAGGGCUUCUUCAGCAUCGACACCAAGACCGGUCUUGUCACUACUACGUCUCGCAAACUGGACAGAGAGCAACAGGACGAGCACAUCCUGGAGAUAACAGUGACCGAUCAGGGCGUUCCAGCCCGUUCCACCACGGUACGUGUAAUCGUGCAGGUGUUAGACGAGAAUGACAACCGACCCAUCUUCAUGGAAAAGGUCUACAAAAUCAAACUGCCCGAGCGGGAGAAGGUGGAGAAGGAGCGUUCGAUGCGUCGAGAGCCUGUGUAUCGAGUCAUCGCUUCAGAUCGGGACCACGGAGCCAACGCUGAGAUCUCCUACAGCAUCGAGGACGGAGACGAGCAGGGAAAGUUCUUCAUCGAGCCCAAAACCGGCCUCGUGUCGUCUAAGAGGUUUUCCUCAGCUGGUGAAUACGACAUCCUCACGAUCAAGGCAGUGGAUAACGGCCGACCCCAGAAGGCAUCCACUUGCCGCCUGCACAUCGAGUGGAUCCCGAAGCCGGAGCCAAGCGCCACUCCGCUGGCCUUUGAUGAGAGCCUGUUUUCCUUCAGCGUCAUGGAGAGUGACCCCGUCUCCCACAUGGUCGGGGUUAUUACCAUGGAGAACACGGACACGUCUGUCUGGUUUGACAUCACAGGCGGGAAUUCAGACAGCCGUUUUGACGUGGGAAAAGCAAGCGGGACGCUGAUGGUGGCGCGGCCUCUAGAUGCCGAGCAGAAAUCCAACUACAACCUGACGCUGGAGGCUACGGACGGCACAAACACCAUCAGCACACAGGUCCUCAUCAAAGUGAUCGACACCAACAACCACCGGCCGCAGUUCUCCCAGCCGCGGUAUGAGGUGAGAGUGGCCGAGGACGCUGCACCAGACACUGAGGUGCUACGGCUGAGUGCCACCGAUCAUGACGAGAAGAACAAACUGACGUUUACUUUGCUGAGCAGCACCGACCCGUUCAGCCUGCGCAAGUUCCGCCUGGACCCGGGAACCGGAGCGCUGUACACAGCCGAGGCACUCGACCACGAGGCCAUGCGCCAGCACACACUCACCGUCAUGGUACGAGACCAGGACAUACCAGUGAAGCGGAACCUUGUGCGGGUGAUCGUUAAAGUCGAGGACGCUAACGACAAUGCGCCGUGGUUUUUUGGAGCGCCGUUUGUGGCACGCGUGUUCGAGUCGGCCGCCGUCGGCUCGUCCGUGCUGCAGGUCACCGCUUUGGACAAGGACAAAGGACAAAACGCUGAGAUUGUCUACAGUAUGGAAUCAGGAAAUGUGGCUAAUUCAUUUGCCAUUGAUCCUGUCCUCGGGACCAUCACUGUGGCGAAAGAGUUGGACAGAAGCAACAACAAUCACUUUGAGCUGACAGUGAAAGCUACAGAUAGAGGAACUCCACCCCAGAGUGCUACAGCGACUGUUGAUAUCACAGUGACUGUCUCGGACAACGCAAUGCCUAAAUUUACUGAGAAAGAGUUUUCUGCUGAGAUCAGUGAAUCUGCUCUUCCUGGAACCUUUGUGAGUCUAGUUACGGCUACCAGUCAAUCCUCGGUCUUCUACCAAAUCAAGGACGGAAAUGUGAAUGGAGCGUUUGACAUUAAUCCGAACUCUGGAGUCAUUGUGACUCAGAGGGCUCUGGAUUAUGAAACUAUUCCAUCAUACACACUAACCAUUCAGGGUUCCAACAUGGCUGGCCAAGCAAGCAAUGCUACACUCCUGAUUCACCUAAAGGACGAAAAUGAUAAUGUUCCAGUAUUCGUCCAGGAGGAGUUUACCGGAAUAGUUAGUGAAUCGUCUCCUGUGAAAAGCGUGGUUCUCACCAAAGAUAGUAUUCCUUUAGUUAUCCGUGCUGUAGACAUGGACCGUGAUGCAAAUGCCAGGCUAGUCUACCAAAUUGUGGAGCCAUUUGCCCACAACUACUUUGCUAUUGACUCAAGCACUGGAGCAAUUAGAACCACAGUUGAAUUGGAUUACGAACAAAAAUCUGUUUUCCGAUUUACAGUUCAAGUACAUGACAUGGGAAUCCCACGUCACUUUGCUGAGAAGGCUGCAAACGUGACCAUCGAAAUCAUAGACGUCAACGAUUGUCCACCACAGUUUAGCCAGGACUUGUAUGAGGCACAAGUUGUGGUGCCGACUUACAAAGGCGUGAAAGUCAUCACAAUCAACGCAACUGAUGCUGACUCUGGACCAAACGCUAGACUCCUCUACUCGAUUGCAGAGGGCAACAUCGGAGACAAGUUCAAAAUGGACCCACUCACAGGGGUCAUUACUAUUCAAAAUGUCACCCAAUUGAGAAGUAGAUAUGAGCUGAAGGCUAGGGUGUCUGAUGGCAGGUUCUCCAAAAUGGCCUCAGUGAAGAUCAGCAUUCGAGAGAAUAAAGCAAGCAGUCUCAAGUUCACUCAGAACUCCUACAAGGCAUUUGUACGGGAGAACUCAUCGGAAAAGAAAACUCUGGCAGUCAUUGCUGCUGUGGGAAACCAAGUGAACGACCCUCUAUUUUACACAAUUUUAAACCCAGAUAAAAAAUUUGAGAUCAGCCGUACUUCUGGGGUUCUGUCAUCAACUGGCAUACCCUUUGACCGUGAGGAGCAAGAUACUUAUGACAUCGUAGUCGAAGUGACUAGAGAGGACAGAUCAUCUGAUAUGGCACAUAUUCUUGUAACAGUGACUAUUGAGGAUGUCAACGACAACCCACCUAUGUUUGUGAGCCUGCCUUACCAUGCGCUGGUUCAGAAGGAUGCCGAGGUGGGUCAAGUCAUUAGACAAGUUACUGCCAUGGAUUCAGACACAGAACAUAACGCUGACAUAAGAUAUCAUCUAGAGGAACUAAAUGAAUACAUCCAGAUAAGUGCUGGUGGUGAACUUUCAUUGAAAAAGUCAUUUGAAAUGGACUCAAUGGACUCAGAGUUUGUGGUGACGGUCGUGGCUACAGAUGGUGGAGAACCACCAUUAUCCACAACUGUUGAAGUGCCCAUUACAGUAGUGGAUAAAGCCAUUCCAGUGUUUGAAAAACCUUUCUACAGUCUAGAGAUCCCUGAAAAUGCACAGUUACAUGUUCCCAUUAUCCAUAUACAGGCUAGUAAUUCAGAAGGGCCAAGGGUGGUGUACACCAUCACAGAGGGGGAUCCUUACAAUCAGUUUUACAUCAACUUCAACACCGGUGUUAUUCAAGUGGUACAGCGUCUUGAUUUUGAAACACAUCCUGCUUAUAAACUAAGUGUAAGGGCCACUGAUUCGCUUACUGGUGCUAAAGCUGAUGUAUUUGUUGACAUUAUCUUAGAGGAUGUAAAUGACAACUCACCUGUGUUCCAAGCCAAGUCUUAUAAUGCGAGCCUUUCUGAAGCCUCUGUCAUUGGCACUGCUGUAGUACAGGUUUCUGCUGUAGAUGCAGACACGAGUAACAAUAAACUCCUGUUCUACCAAAUAGCUGACAAUGAUAAAAACUCCGAGUAUUUUACUAUCGAUCGUGACACUGGCAUGAUCUGGACAGCACACAUGCUAGACCAUGAGGAGAAAACCCAGCACAAGCUAACAGUCAAAGCUGUCGACGGAGGAGUUCCAGCGCUUUCCAGUGAAGUCACUGUGGUGAUUGACGUUAUAGACCUUAACGACAAUGCUCCUGCGUUCUCACAAAAGGUUUAUGAAGCAGCUGUCAGUGAGUUGGCUCCACGUGGCCAUUUUGUGACGCAGGUUCAAGCUUCAGAUGCUGACAGCUCUGAUAGUGCAAACCUUGAGUUUUCCAUCUUGUCAGGAAAUGAGGAGCAGAACUUUGUUAUAGACAAAAAAUCUGGAGCUGUUGUGAUUUCCAAUCACAGGAAGCCACACAUGGAGCCUCUGUAUAACCUUAAUGUUUCUGUGUCCGAUGGUGUAUUCAGGAGCUCUGCUCUUGUGAAAGUGGCUGUCAAUGGUGCAAACUUCCACAGUCCUUCCUUCCCUCAAGUUGACUACAUAGUCGAGCUUCUGGAAAACUCUCCAGUUGGAACAUUAGUGGCAGAGGCUCCGGCAUCAGAUGAAGACGUGGGCACAUAUGGACGAGUCACAUACCACAUUGUGAAUGACUUUGCUAAAGCUAAGUUUUCUGUAAAUGAAGAUGGUGAAAUUUUCACCUUAGAGAGCCUCGAUCGCGAGAAUGCGCUGGAGAAAAUUGUUCAAGUGUCCUUGAUGGCAAAAGAUGGUGGCGGCAAAGUGGGAUUCUGCACCAUCAACGUGAUCCUAACUGACAUUAAUGAUAAUUCCCCACAGUUUAGAGCCGCGGAGUACAAAGUCAACAUCGGCUCAGAUGUUCCCAGAGGAACAACAGUGGUUAAAAUUGCAGCUUCUGACAUGGAUGAAGGCAGCAAUGCGGACAUAACCUACACUAUCGAAGCAGACACAGAUAAUGUAUCAGAGAAUUUUGAGAUCCACCCUCUUAGUGGGGUUAUUGUGACUAAAGAAAGUCUCAUCGGAUUAGAAAACGAAGUCUAUGCUUUCCUUGUUCGUGCAAGGGAUGGUGGCAACCCUUCAAGAUCCUCUGUUGUCCCUGUCUACGUUAGAAUUCUUGCCCCAGAGGUCAAAGUUCCGAAGUUUGUAGAGCCAUACUACAGGUUUGCCAUUGAAGAAGACCGCCCUCUAGGCUCACAAAUAGAUGUAAUUCAGGCAGAGAGUGAUCAACCUGUGUUCUACAGUUUAGUAAAGGGUAACACCCUAGAGAGCAACAAAGAGGAAGUUUUUGAGCUUGACCGUGACACAGGAGCUCUGAAGCUGGUUAAGAAACUAGACCAUGAGAGCACCAAGUGGUAUCAGUUCAGUCUCCAAGCACAAAGUGACCACGAGGGGAAUGAAAUUAUCUCUUCUGUGGAUGUCAACAUUCAAGUCAAGGAUGUAAAUGAUAACAGCCCCUUCUUUGAGUCAGACCCUUAUGAAGCUGUCGUGGUUGAGAAUCUCCCUGGAGGCACCUCAGUGAUACAGGUGAAGGCAAUGGAUCUGGACUCCAGCACCAAUGGGCAGGUGAGUUACGGUCUGGAUCCUGUGCAGGAUUCAGUGGACAUUGCAGAACUGUUUGCUGUCAAUAGCGAAACAGGCUGGAUGACCACACUAAAGGAACUGGACCGGGAGCAGAGAGACAAGUACACCGUCUCAGUCCUAGCCAUUGACCGUGGAGACAAGGUCCAGCUUACAGUUAGCACUAAAGUGGAAGUAACAGUAGCUGACGUGAAUGACAACCCACCCAGGUUCACGGCAGAGAUAUACAAAGGCACAGUGAGUGAAGACGACCCCCCUGGUGGAGUGAUCGCUAUCCUCAGCACAACUGACGCAGACUCCAAGGACAUCAACAAGCAAGUCGAGUACUUUAUUACAGGUGGUGACCCCUUGGGGCAGUUUGGUGUAGAGUACACACAGGGCGAGUGGAAGGUGUUGGUGCGAAAGCCUUUAGACAGGGAGGAGACAGACAACUACCACCUCAACAUCACAGCGACUGACGGCACCUUCAGCACCCGGGCAGUGGUGGAGGUCAAAGUGUUGGACGCCAACGACAACAGUCCUGUUUGUGAAAAGUCUCUGUACACGGUGCGAGUCCCGGAGGACGCCGUAUCUGGACGCUACGUUCUCCAGGUCUCUGCUACAGACGCUGACAUCCGCUCCAACGCUCACAUCAACUACCAACUCUCCGGAGUUGGAGCUGAACACUUUAGCAUCGACCCUGAGACAGGUGAGCUGAAGACCUUCAGUGCUCUGGACUACGAGGAGGAAACGCUGCACAGGAUGAAGGUGCGUGCGGUGGACGGAGGAGGACGAUACUGCGAGGCCGACGUCGAGGUCACGGUGGAGGACGUAAACGAUAACGCUCCUCGCUUCAGCGCUGACCCUUUCGCCAUCACCGUCUUCGAGAACACGGAGAUACACACACCUGUCGCGCGGCUGCAGGCUACGGACCUCGACACGGGCUCUAACGGUGAGCUCGUCUACUCUCUGUUGGAUUCGGCCGACGAAGCUUUCUCCAUCGACGAGCACUCUGGCGUUCUUCGCUUGGCCACACCCCUCAACCGUGAGCUCCACCCCUCGUACACUCUUCGAGCCCGUGCUACGGACCGGGGCUGGCCCCGCCCCCUCUCCACCGUCUGCUCCGUCACCGUGUCCGUACUGGACCUGAAUGAUGACCCUCCUGUCUUCCAGCGCCACGAUUACGUCGCCACCAUCCCAGAGGACAUUGCCGCGGGAACACAGGUGCUGCGUGUACACGCGGCUAAUCGUGAUGCAGAAGCUCAGAUCUCGUACGCCAUCGUGGAUGGGAAUGAGAAGGGCGCGUUCAGCAUGGACACACACACAGGUGUCAUUUUUGUGAUCACGCCGCUGGAUUACGAGCUGUCCCGCGAGUUCUCUCUGACGGUGGAGGCGACAGACGGAGAAACGCCGUCUCUAAACGACAGGGCUGUUGUCAGUAUCAAUGUGACGGACGUAAACGAUAACAGUCCUGUGUUCAGCCAGUCAGUUUACGCAGCCGUGGUGAGCGAAGAAAUCGAACCGGGCAAGGCGGUGCUUACGGUCAUGGCUGAAGAUGCAGAUGGUCCUUCCAAUAACCAGGUGCGUUACUCCAUCAUCAGUGGCAACCAAGGAAGCCCUUUCUCCAUCGACCCUUUGAAGGGAGAGGUGAAGGUCGCACGGCAUCUGGACAGAGAGAAGGUGUCUGGUUAUACUCUGAGCAUCAGGGCAUCUGAUAACGGGAGUCCAGCUCAUUUUAGCACCACCAAAAUCAACAUUGACGUAUCCGACAUCAACGACAACCCACCUGUGUUCUCUCAGAGCAACUACACACUCAUCAUCCAGGAGAACCGUCCGGUCGGAACCAGUGUCCUCCAGCUGAGCGUAUCGGACCGGGACGCCUCACACAACGGGCCGCCGUUUUCCUUCUCCAUCGUCAGCGGUAACGAGGAUCACGCGUUUGACAUCACGUCUCAGGGAGCGCUGGUGUCCAUCGGCAUGCUGAGUCGCCACAACAAGGACAACUACGUCUUGGAGAUUCAGGUGUCCGACUCCGGCCGGCCGCCGCUCUCCUCCUCCGCCAUGGUGUUUGUUCGUCUGAUCGAAGAGAGCAUCCACCCUCCGGUCAUCCUUCCGCUUGACGUUUUUGUCACCACGACAACUGCUGAGUACGUGGGAGGUGGAGUGCUAGGGAAAAUCCAUGCCACUGACCAUGAUGUACAUGACACUCUUACCUAUGGCAUCAGCCCUGAUCCCGCCCCUUCAGACAAUUCCGCCCUCUUCUCCGUCUCACCUGCUGAUGGACGACUUGUGGCUCUGGGUGCCCUUGACUCCGGUCGCUACUCGCUCAACGCCACUGUAACAGACGGUCGCUUCACAACGUGGGCGCGUGUCACCGUGCAUGUACGCCCCGCCCCUGCACUCGUCAAUCUCGUGAGCAUCCGCCUGGGCAACAUCGCACCGGAAGAAUUCAUUGGUGAGCAUUGGCGCAAUUUCGCUCGGGCGUUGCGUAACACAGCGGGCGUACGGCGCAGCGACGUGCAGCUUGUCAGCCUGCAGCCUGAUCACAGCGAUCUGGAAGUGCUUCUUGCGCUUGACAAGACAGGAAGUCCGGAGCAGGCGCAGGAAGUGGUGCUAAGGAAGCUGAAUGCCUCCGCUAGCACUAUUGAGGAGAUAACAGGAGUGAAGAUUGUUCGUGUUGGCAACAAACUUUGCCCUCGUUUGGACUGUCCAGCUCGUCACUGCCAGGAAACGGUGACCUUGGUGACUGGUGCUAUGGCAACGUACAGCACAGCGAGGCUCAGCUUCGUCACUCCGCGCCACACAAGGACCGCUGACUGCCUCUGCCGCGGUGCUGAGUGCUCUGAGCUGAGCAAGCUAUGUGUAGGGAACCCGUGUCCCGAGGGUACGGAGUGUGUAGAAGACUCGACACACACCACAUUCAGCUGCAUAUGUUCAGACGAGAAACACGGACAAUGUUCUGAAGCUCGCGCUCUGACAUUGACCGGGAACGGCUACGUGCGCUACAGGCUGAUGGAGAAUGACAAUAAGGAAGAGAUGAAUCUCUCUCUCAGGCUGCGUACAUUCUCUGACCAUGCUACUAUUAUGUACGCCAAGGGUACUGAUUACAGCAUCCUGGAGAUUGUGAAUGGACGUCUGCAGUACAAGUUUGACUGUGGCAGUGGGCCUGGUGUCGUGUCAAUCCACAGCCCGUUAGUGAAUGAUGGUGAAUGGCACACAGUUUUGCUCGAGGUGGAUGGCAACUAUGCUCGUCUGGUACUUGACCGAACCCACACUGCCUCAGGCAAAGCACAGGGCAACCUUCGCACACUCAACCUCGACACCAGCGUCUUCUUCGGUGGGCAUGUGUGGCAGACAGGUGUGGCCAAUGGUCUGAGGGGCUGCCUGCAGGAGGUUGUGUUGAAUGGACGUGAACUGCCACUGAGACCACAGCCUCGUAGCACCCACUCAGUUCUGGAGGAUCUCGUGGAAGCUGUGCCAGGCUGUAACCCACCUCCUCGGGUAUCAAGCUGCAACAGCGAGCCCUGUGCCAAUGGGGGAACCUGCACUGAGCUGCCCAAUGGAGGUUAUUUCUGUAAGUGCAGCAGUAUGUUUAUGGGCAGCCACUGUGAGGUUAGCAUUAGUCCCUGCUCAUCUAAUCCCUGUCUUUAUGGCGGAACCUGUGUGCCACGUGGAGAUGACUUCUACUGCCAGUGCCGAGGCCAGUACUCCGGCCAGUGGUGUCAGCUUGGUCCGUACUGCACAGAGAACCCCUGCAAGAACAAUGGCCGGUGCAUUGGCAGCCUAGAUGGCCCGGUGUGCGAGUGCGAGCCUGGCUUCCAAGGAGACAGGUGCCUGAGCGAUGUGGACGAGUGCUUGAAAAACCCAUGCACCAACGGUGGCCAAUGCCAGAACACGUAUGGCUCAUACAACUGCAACUGCUCACUUGGCUAUGGAGGUCACCACUGUGAGCAAUAUGCCCAGAUCAGCAACCAUGUGGUCUCUACAUCCUGGAACAUUGGGCUGGAAGAGGUCAUCGGCAUUGCUGUCUUUGUUGCAGUCAUCUUCGUCAUGGCUCUGCUAUUUGUCGUGAUCCGUAAGCGUGUAUGCCGACGUGCCAAGCCCCAGUCACCUGAAGAUGACAAGCACCUGUCAUCCUUCCUGCAGCGUCCAUAUUACGACUCCAAGUUGGGCAGGAACGUCUACUCUGACGUGCCACCCCAAGUGCCUGUGCGACCCAUCUCGUACACUCCCAGCGUGCCGAGUGACUCUCGGAAUAACCUGGACCGCAGCUCAUUUGAAGGCUCGACGGUCCCUGAGCACACAGAGUUCAGCACAUUCAACCCUGACCCUGUAGGCCAUGGGCACCGCAAGGCUGUUGCUGUUUGUAGUGUAGCCCCGAACCUGCCCCCACCACCACCUUCCAACUCUGCCUCAGACAGCGACUCAAUUCAGAAACCCAGCUGGGACUAUGAUUACGACGCUAAAGUUGUAGAUCUGGACCCGUGUUUCAGUAAGAAGGCAGUGGAGGACGGCACGUGUCACACUUAUAAUGCCCGGGGCAGCAUGUCUGAGGUGCAGUCGCUCAGCUCUUUUCAGUCCGAGUCCUGUGACGACAACGGGUAUCAUUGGGACACAUCUGAUUGGAUGCCGAGUGUUCAGCUUCCUGGAAUCCAGGAGUUCCCUCAGUAUGAGGUGGUGGAAUCUCCACCCACCCUGUACAACGACCCCGCCUUGCUAGACACGGACUAUUACGCGGGUGGUUACGACAUCGAGAGUGAUUUCCCGCCUCCACCUGAUGACUUCCCUGCCCAUGACGACCUUCCUCCUCCUCCACCUCCACCCGCACAAUACGACACGCUCGGCCCCGCCCCCUCUAGUCCCGGAGGAUCGUGGGUACGCCAGCGGCCCCCUUUGCCCCAGCUCUACACGCUCAGCCAUUACCUUCCGCACCACCAGUACCCUUCAUCCGACCCGGAGGUGCCGAAAAGCGGCAGCAUCGCGGCUGACGACAUUUCGCUGUCUCUGUACGCAUCCACGGUGUCAUGCUCGGACGUGGAAGAGUCAGAGGCGCCCAUGAGCGACUGUGAGAGUGGUGCCGAGGACGGCGCGCAAUUCCGACGGCUCAUCGUAGCACCGCAAGCGCAACAACAACCACAACAACACACCGAAGUCUGACACUGGAUCCAUAAAGAACAGAAAACAAAAAGUGCCUGAAAAUUAAACCUUAUGCAGGAAACUAUCGUAGUCACACACACACACACACACACACACACAAAAUGUACGACCACACAAUAAAUUCUCUUACAUAUGGACAUAUUUAAGGAUAGUUUCUCCUCUGGAGCACAGCAGCUAAUUUCAGUAGGAGUCAUGUGGACCUGAGUGUGUACAUUUGUGUAUCUGCCUUCACAUCAUGUCUGAUGAUAUAAAGUUCACACCGUCUUGUUCAUGAAAGAAAAAAGAAGAAGAAAAAGUGUCAUUUCAAAGCGAUAGCUGUCUGUAUUUGUAUAGAGAAAACCAUGCAAUCUGUUUUUUUGUUUUGUUUUUUUUUUAAUUAUUACAAAUGCUCAUUCAUUUGUAAUGUAAAUGGUACUGUACAGUCUUGAUUUUGAGGGUUGAAUAGUUUUUUUUGUAGAUAUUUUAUUUUUAUUUUUCAAAACAUGGGGGGAAAAACAAAACAGUGUGUCAUUAUCAGCUUUUGCUGCACAAAAAAAUAUACAAAGUGGUAAAAAAUCGUGUGAUCUUCUCCACUCUUCCUGCUCGGCUCUGACGGGCGCCUGCAUAUUAUCGUGAUGUCAGUUUCAUUUUUUGUGUUUUUUUAUUUGUAAAACUUUUGAAACUUCUUUAUUUUUCCACCAAGAAAAAAAAACAACCAAACGGGACCCAGUAUAUUUAUAUUGCGAGAUCAAGUGUGGACUCGUGACUUUUUUCAAGCAAGCGCUCGUGUGUGAGCAAUGUUUCGGUCUUGUUUAUGAUUUGUUCUUUUUGUUUUGUUUUUUAAUACUGCCACUAGCUUAAUCGCUUUACUACUGGCAAUAAAUUAUUCUUAAAAAUA